CUCGCCCUGGCCCACCAACAUCGUGUCUCACUUUCCUUACUAUCACGACCAGUAGAUAGCUCAUCGACCUAGGCGGCCGAGAUUCGUAGACUUACAAACACCAGCGAUAGCAAGCAUCAUCAGAAGAUGUCGGGCAUCUGCCGAGCAAGGCUCGCCGAGGAGCGCAAAGCAUGGCGCAAGGACCACCCCUUCGGCUUCUACGCCAGACCGACUAAGGCAGAGGAUGGAUCAAUGAACCUGAUGAAGUGGGAGGCGGGCAUCCCAGGCAAAGCAGGCUCCCUCUGGGAGGGAGGCAUGUACAAGCUGACCCUCGACUUCCCGGAGGAAUUCCCCACCAAGCCGCCUAAGUGCAAAUUCACACCUCCCCUCUUCCACCCUAACGUCUACCCGUCGGGCACCGUCUGCUUGUCCAUUCUGGACGAAGACAAGAAUUGGCGCGCAUCGAUCAACGUCAAGCAGAUCCUCCUGGGUAUCCAGGACCUCCUCACUGAGCCCAACAACGCAGACCCUGCUCAGGCCCCAGCCUACCACUUGUUCCAGACGGACAAGGCCGCGUAUGACAAGCGCAUUCGUCAACAGGCGAGAGAGAUGGUGCCGCAGGACUGAGUGUACAGAGGAAAUGUGUGAGCAGGCGUGAAGAGGGACGUGAGGGAAGGCGAGGGGAAGAGGAGAAGGAGAGGCGGUGGUAAAGAUGCGCCGAUGGUUACACUCUACCUCGUUGCUAUCCUCCAACUCUCACGCUCAGCCGUAUCUAAUCAAUCAUCAAAGC